GAGGGUGAGAGAGUGUCCUUGUCUGCAUUUGGGGAUUACAGAAGCUCUGCAUGUGACUAUGCGCAAGUGAAGUGGAUGUGGCGUGUGACAAAGUGGAUACAUUGUCUUGCGGUCCUGUGGCUGAAGACUGGGAGGACACUGUUGGAGAGUCAUGUCCACGGGUUCUGUGAGUGACACUGAGGAUUUGCUUGAGCUGAGGGUGUUGGAACUGCAGUAUCCCAAAGCCAAGAGGUCAGGAUGCGGUAAGCUGUUACUGGACCACUCCACUGACAUCUCAGAUGAAGAAGGGGUUUCACAGUCAUCAAAUGGCAAAAGGAAGAGGGUCUGCAGGAGCCAACAGAGUCCAGACAAGAAGCAGCCAGUUAGGUCCUCCAAGGAGUGUAAACAGUCCCAAAGAAAUGCAGCCAAUGCCAGGGAAAGAGCCCGCAUGAGGGUGCUGAGCAAAGCUUUCUCCAGGCUAAAGACCAGCCUGCCAUGGGUUCCUCCUGACACCAAGCUCUCCAAACUGGACACCCUGAGGCUCGCCUCCAGCUACAUUGCCCAUCUCAGGCAGCUGCUACAAGAGGACAGAUAUGACAAUAGUUUUGUGCAUCCAGUCAACCUGGUAAGAAUGAAGCUUCCAUACAGUCAGCACCAGUCGGCUUCAAGGGCUGCCACAUGACUUGGCCAUUUGUGAUUUCAGGAAGACCAGAGUGUGCUCCCAAAGAAAUUAUAUCAGCAAACAUAUUGUGUGGGGCUACGGCUUAGGAAAUAACAGAGUCCUAUACAUGUGGUCUGAAUGUGUUUUAAGACGCCAUGGAAUAACUAUGCAAUAUUUACUAAUACAACUCAAGAUUUACUAACAGAAGGAUAGAUUCUAUAACCCAAUUUAAACCGUAUCUCUGGUUUCUGUCACAGUUGCAGUCAAUGGGAGAAUUGCUAUUCUAUCACCAGGGAAAAAUAGAACCUGGCCCAGAAAGCAGAUUCAUUUACAAGAAACUGGAGUGACCUGAAUUAUUUCCUAAUGAGCCUUCUACAUUAUUGUUACACAUGGGUCCUAGUAAAGUGCACUUAUUAGAGACUUUUCUGAUAAUCUGAUUAAUUAAAAAAUUGAAAACGUGCCAAAAUACAAACAGGUAUUGCAUUUAUAAGCGUUACUUUACACUACCGAUACAGGAAUCAGAUUUAUAAUAUAUUUUUUAGACUUUUGUGUGACUAUAUGUUACUGUAUAUAUUAAAUAGUGUUCAUUCUGGCCUGAUGGAUAUACUGGUUGACAUAAUUGUACAUGAUUUUGCAUUACUGAUGUUGUGAUAAAAUUACAUUUGUACAUUGUGUAAAAAUAUAUAAUCUUUUUUAAUGUUUGUAAGAACUUUUCAUUUUAAUUUUAUAUUUUUAUAGUUGAUUUAUUUGGCAAAAUCCUAGGCUUUUGUCAUUCAGUAAUACCAUGCAUUCCUCUGUAUUUUAUUUUUUUACAUAAACUUUAUUAAAAUAAAAAAAAAUGUCUUCUGAAUUAUUUAUUGGA